AUGGAUUUGUUUGGAAUAAACUCCGGGCAUAGUUCCUGCAAGGGAAGGGGUAGGGCAGCACAAGGUAGAACUAGGCGCGCCAGGGCUGUGAGGGGAAGACUGAUAAAACCGAAGCCAAACAGUGAAGAGCGUGAGAAAGAGACAAACCUCUUUAGCGUCAAUUCUGGAGAGGAUAAAAUUGGAACGGAAGGAGAAAAAAGGAGAGCUCUUGGCAAGAAGAGGGGCUUCCUUACUGAAAGCGUAAAGGAUGAGGAUAGUUCCGGGGCAGACAGGAAGAAGAACAAAAAGAGGAAGGUGAGGAGUAAGUGCCUGUUUAGUAGCAUCUCGGAUGGGGGAAGCCAUAAAAGUGAGGCAGGAAAAUUGGAGGAGAAAAUGCCCCAGGGGAGGAACUCCAACUGUCUGUUUAGCAGCGAUGAGGAGGAAGCAAAUCGAGGGGAGACAAGCCUCCAGGGUAGAAGCUCCAAUUGUCUGUUUAGCAGCGACGUGGAGGAAGUAAAUCGAGGGGAGACAAACCUCCAAGAGAGGAGCUCCAACUGUCUGUUUAGCAGCGAUGAGGAGGAAGCAAAUCGAGGGGAGACAAGCCUCCAAGGGAGUAAUCCCAGCUCCCUGUUUAGUAGUACCUCUGAAGAGACCCCCCAAAGUGAGUCAGAAGUGAAAGGAAAGAACAAAAGUAGAAAUGGAGAGGGUGCAAAACUUCAAGGCAGAAUGUGCAUAAGGGAAGGAAAUUUCCAUCUUAACAUGGGCGAAAAAGAGAAAAGUAAAAGACAAAAGAAAACGUCCUCCUUUGCGAACUUUGGAUUACACAGGAGGGCUAAAAUUCUAAACAGGUGUCGCUACCAGACGAAUGGGGGUAGAAGCACUCGGGGCAGAAGUCGAAGAAGGGGAACCCCUUACUAUGACCUGCAUGACACGAGAGAGGAAGGGAUGUACCGCUUAAUAAGUUUUGAGAAGUUAAAAAAGAGAGCUUCAAGGAAGUUAAACUUUAUGAGCAUAGUUGAUAUGACGAAUGGGGGCGGCGACUCGUCUGGGUCAUCGUCUCGCUCGUCAGUACGUUCAUCAGCAUGUUCGUCAACACGCUCGUCAGCACGUUCGUUAGUACGUUCUAGAGAGGGUGUCAACCCAGGGGGCGAUACAACCGACACCACAGCAGACUCGGAGGAAGAUGUUUUAAACCGUACGGGCGUGAGCUACGUGGCGUCCAGCGAAUCAACCAAAGAGAGCAAAAACGACAGUGCAGCUCUGAAUGACGAGAGAAAUAACAACAAGACCAUCGACGUGUACAGUUACUACUACCUGGGUAGUGACGUGGACAAGUUGGUUCCGUAUAAGAAUGUCGAAAAAAUGGAGGACAGUGGAAAUUGCAUUGGGGGUGAUAAUCUAUAUGAUCGUUUGUUCGGGCUGGAUGGAGGGGAAGUUACUUCAGGCGGGAUGCAUAGAAUAAUGAGUAAGGAUGAGACCCCAGAACUGCACAGGGGAACAUCCUUGAAAAUGAGGCAGCCGCGAAAUGAAGUAGGAAGACGAAAUAAUGCCAUGCUGCAAAGAAAUUUAAGGUUGUAUAGAAAUUUUAAAAAUAUAAAUGUAGAAGUAUCACGACAGAAUAACCUCAAAGGAUUAAACUUCAAAGAGAUGGUCGUGAAUUUCAUUCGGCUCGUGAAUAAGAACAUGCUGGCCAUGAGCGAACGCGGAGAAAUGGAUCUAUCACAGGAAGGGAACCAUUCCCGAGAGGAUUUCAAAGACACUAGCGAUGUAGAAGAGUGGUAUGUUACCAGGGGGGACGUCGCCAAAGGGGAACAAACACAGACAGAGCCAUCUUUGCAAAAGGCAGAAAAACAACACACCCAGUUGGAGCUAGCUAAAUGUGUGUGCAUUUUCUGUUUAGAGAAGAAAAAAAUCCUCACAAAUGAAGAAAUGCAUGUAAGUACAUUUAAGUAUAUGGACGAAAGAAAAAAAGAAGACACAGUGAUCAAGCCAUUUUUCAUGCACAGCUAUGUGUUCACUGCGUUCAUCAAUUAUUUUAUUCACUACGGGAGGGUUGCAUGUGUGCAGAGGGGGCAAACUGUAAAAGGGGGGGGAAGAUCAGGCGGGGAGAAACCAGCCUGGGCAAAUCUCCAAUUCUACAAAUUUGACAGGAAGGUAACCAAAAAAUAUGGCAUUAAGCGAGUAAUUCUUUUUGUGGCCAGAAGAGUGACGCUGACAAGUGUAGGUAUCCACAUGGAAGGGUCAAACAUGUUGCAGGAAAACGAAGAGUUUGUUGUCGUUAUUAACUUUUUUAAGUGGAGAAUGAUGCGAAGACGUUACGAAGAGAUUGUAAAAUUAAAGAGGAGGAAAAAAGAAAAGGAAAAUUUGAGCAUUUUAAAAACAUUUAUUUUUCUUGUUAAAGCGAUUGAUGAGUAUUGCAUGCUGUGUAACAUCCGAGUGGAUCAGCCCAAAGGCAAAAAAGACUUUUGUGAAAGAAAAAGAAGACACAUGAGUCAACCAAUUUGCAAAAAGGAGGAUAAUACCCAUCGAAAUGGGUGUAGCACCUUGUUUGGCCAUUCUUAUUUUUCCCAUAAUCAGGUGAGGGUCGGCCAAAUUGAGGACGCGCUAAAUCAAGACUUGGCCAAUUCGCCCCUACAAUUCGCUAUCGUCGAUUCUCUGCGCGUCUCUGCGGGGAGUACGUUCUACCUCUUCCCCGCGCAUAUGCUUGUGCUUAUCUGA